ACCACACACUCUUGCCGAGAACGAACGUGCGUGGACCUUGAGCAGGACGUAAUUUAUUUUCACACUUUUCAUUGAAGACGGGCUACGGCCUAUACGGCUUCCCUACAUAUAACCCUUGCAAUCUUCUUCCUACCUAAGUUCAAAUAUCUUUUGGGAAAGAAUCCACGUAGGAUUUUUGCAGGUACCAAAACCUUCAAAUCUUUCGAGCGAGUCUUGUGCUUACUUACUGCACACUGCCUAUCCCGGAAGGCUGAACAUACUCAACGUUUAUUCACUUGGACCCACAUUCAAUCACAGACGUAGAUUUCACGCUGCCAGUAGUGAUUUCGCCACCGAAAGCACUUUUCAAGACAUUCGCACUCCUUUCAGUAUAUUGAGAGAAAUCAAACACCCUUCCAGAAACGAAAUUUUACUUCUUGAUACUUAGUCAUGGGCAAUAAGGGCCGUACUUCGCCACGUAUCGUGUGCUGCGCUAUCCCUAUCGCUAGGGCAGCCGGAAAGGUCCUAGUAAUCACUAGUCGAAAGAGACCUGAUAACUGGGUCUUACCGAAAGGUGGUUGGGAAUCUUCAGAUGUCGUACUGGAGAAUGCAGCGUCGCGGGAAGCCUUGGAAGAAGCUGGUGUCCGUGGUACAAUAACACGAUUUGUCAUCACAAUACCAACACCGGCAGCUACGUACCACUUUUACGAGCUUGACGUCGUGUCGCUUGAGCAAGACUGGCUGGAGAGGAAUGAACGAAGAAGAGAAUGGGUCGACUAUGCAGAAGCCAUGCGAAGAUUGGAGUGGAAAAAGGAGCUUUCGCAGGGCCUACGCCUUUCGUCUCUAGCGCCCGCUAGAUGACUGUAGCCAACAAGGCUACAUAAAUCACUCUUGGCUGUGUCAAGCCUCUUCAGAGGGACGGAUCCAGAACACCUUCGCUUUCGCGAUGAACUUCCCCAUUUCUCUUAGAUUGUCUUCAUCAACCCAGUUCGUUCGUUCGAUCUACUUAGUCAUGGAUUCUGCUCUUCCUAUACUUUAGGUCCCAUUUACUAACAAUACCCUACACCAUACGCGCUUCAUCGAAAUCAUCAUUAAACAGCUCCCAUCUCUCUUUUGCGAUUGCUCACCGUUCAUCCUGCAUCCAUCUACAAUUGCUCUGUG